AUGCCUCUGGUUCUGGUCCUGAGGCAACCAGAACUGAGACUUACAUCGACUCGAAACCAAAUUGAGGACCUCUCGAGUGUUCACAGAUUUAUCAAAACAAUUCCACCAUUGCCAGGGUUAGCCAUUCGGGCUGGUUCUCUGAUUGAAGAAAUGAGUCGAAAUAGAUCCGUAAAAUCAGCAAAUCAGAUCGGUCCGCGUCAGGCCACACGAAGCAGGCCGGCGGAAAAGUACGAAGACGGUCUAGACGAAGACCAGUCGGCCAAAAGCUGUACAACCAAAAUAGCAACUCGUGAACUCCAUGAGGAGUCUGUGGAGGGACGGGUGUCUUCACGACAUGUCAACAAAAAUAUCUGCCUUAUUAAAGAGCUAUCAGAACUUAGUCUGUACCCAACUGGGGAUUGCGAGGCUAUAAAGCCAGUAGGCUGCCAAGGAGUUUGUACAGAAUCCUCACAUACCGCCUCAAAAAUGAGUAUAUCCAUCAGUCCGAAGAAAAGUCCUCAACGAAAUCUGUCUUCGUGCACUUCAAACAAUGGAACCGAGGCAGGCCGGAAUAGUCAGGAGCGAAACUACCCCACGACAGAGUCUAGAAGUCACAUGAAAAAACAGCCAGUUGCCUUGGAGAGGUCUCGACCCACCAACAGCAGCACAGAGAAGCAGAACAGAUUGACCUUCUCCAACGGUGUAAUAAGAGGCCGAUUCUUCCUGAAGGAUAGCGCAGGCAUUGAAAAGAUCCUCACCGAUCCGUCAGAUAGACGCUUGCAGGCGGUCUGCGAGAGAUUUCAAUGCUUUCUUGAGGUCUUCUCGAAAACGCCCAAAAACGGUUUCAUGCAAUACACCCUCGACAUCACGGCACCAAAUCGAAGGGCCUUUAUGUCUUUCUUGAGGACCCUUGACUCCAAAAUGCACUGGUGUCUUGUUUCACAGAUCAGGUAA